AUGCACGCAGCAUUAUUGCCGCCCUCCGGGAAAGUGGUUUUCCUCGACAAGGUGGAAAACUUUACUGAACUGCGUCUACCCAACCGGCGCCUGGCAUAUUCGUCACUUUACGAUCCCAGAACGCAUGAAUUGAGCCCUUUGGCAGUGGAGUCAAAUGCCUUCUGCUGCGGUGGCACCUUCCUCGCCGACGGAAGACUGGUGACGCUCGGAGGAAAUGGACCCUUGACUUGGCUCGAUCCGACGGUUCAGGACGGCUUUGACGCCAUCCGCUACAUCGGAAUGGAGAAUGGCGACUAUGGAUGGGACGAACCGGGGAACAAAUUAGCCUCGAAGAGAUGGUAUCCUUCGGCACAGACCAUGGCGGAUGGCAGAGUCUUUGUCGCGGCCGGCAGCCUGAAUGCGUUGGACGUGCUUAACUUCAGCAAUAACAACCCCACGUACGAGAUACUGGAUGCGAACGGGGUCAGCAAUGGCCACAACAUACCCAUGGAUAUCUUGGUCGAGAAUAUGCCGUACUAG